UCGCUUCGGAAUCUGGAAUUUACCAGUAGCAUUUAAGGCAUCACAAGGUCAUCUCACUUUAGGUGAAUUUCAGGAAGUAAAAUGAAAACUUUUAGCAACGCCAAGUGACGUGCCGACGAGUUACAGCUGGAUUGAGAGGAAAAUUGCAUAUUGUGGAUUUGCCAAAACAAAGAAUAGAAGCCUCUCCAUGCAAUGUGCAAGGCCCCUAGAAACAUGUUUCAUUUGAUAAAGAAGGACAAAGAAAAAGAGAAGGAUUUUGGCAAGAAGGAAAAGAAAGACAAAAAGGACAAGAAAGAGCGUAUGUCACCGGCUGAGUUGAAGAGUCUGGAAGAAAUGAGCAUACGUCGUGGCUUCUUUCACCUGAAUCGGGGGAGCUCCAAGAAGGAACUAAGGAGCAAGUUGGAGAUCUCAAGUCCUAUUCCCAUUAAGGUGGCAAGCAGCCUGGAUCUCAGCCUGACCGAUCUGGAUGCUGAACGCCUUAACAGCUACAACACCUUAGCACAGGAUGUGGGACCCGGUGACGAGAUGGAGGGAGUGGACCACAACCAAAUAGGCAGCUCUGUAAGGGAGAGAGCGGCUAAGUUUGAGGAAUUAGCCAAGUAUCCGAGUCCCUCCCAGAGAAACAAUGAUGCUUCAAGCGUUUGUGGGCAGAAAUAUAAGUACUUUUACCAAGGCAGCAAACUACAAAUCUUACACAGGAUUCACAUACCCGAACUGGUGGAAAAGACCUUCCCAGGAGUUGACCUGCAGUUGCCUGUACUGGUUGCUCCACCAAUACCAGAUCCCAGAGAACUGAAACUAAAGCGGCGCAACACUGGGGAUUUUGGCUUCUCUUUGAGGAGGACCACCAUGCUGGACAGACAGUCUGAUGGAGGCGUGUGUCGGCGAGUGGUGCACUUUGCAGAGCCUGGUGCUGACACCAAGGACCGGGCUCUGGGUCUGGUGCCAGGAGACAGGCUGGUCGAGAUCAAUGGGAUCAAGGUUGAGGAAAGGAGCAGGGAUGAGAUUGUGGGGAUGAUCCGUCAAUCUGGAGAAUCCGUGCGGCUAAAGGUGCAGCCCAUUCUGGAGCUGAGUGAGCUAAACCGCAGCUGGCUGAAGACUUCCCAAGGCUGGAACAAGGACAACUUUAAUGUUCCAGAGCUCAUUCCCACUGAGGAAGAUUACAAGCGUGUGAAAAGGAUCUUCACCAUUCCUGGCAAUGACCCCAAACCUCCAGAGGACCCCGUGACCAUUCUACAAGUCGCACACUCAGCAGCAAAGGAGCAGACGGAGGAUCACAUUGCAGCAGAGAGAACCUGGUACAACAGUGAAAAAGUAUGGCUUGUCCACAAGAAUGGAUUUUCCAUGGCAACUCUCCUGAAGACAGAAGCAGGCAGUCUGCCGGAGGGGAAGGUGAAAAUCCGCCUGGAGAGUGAUGGAUCUUUAUUGGAUGUGGAUGAAGAUGAUGUUGAGAAGGCAAACCCUCCGUUGUUUGAGCGAGUGGAGGACCUGGCCUCUCUUCAGUACUUAAACGAGUCCAGUGUGAUCCAUUCACUCCGGCAGCGCUAUGGCGGUAACCUGGUGCACACCCACGCCGGUCCCAACAUGGUGGUCAUUAACCCCAUUAGUGCCCCUUCCAUGUACUCUGAGAAGGUGAUGCAAAUGUUUAAAGGCUGCAGAAGAGAGGACACCGCCCCCCAUAUUUACAGCAUGGCUCAGUCUGCUUAUCGGAACCUCCUGACCACUCGCCAGGACCAGUCCAUUGUCCUACUGGGCAAGAGUGGCAGUGGCAAGACUACAAACUGCCAACACAUCAUCCAAUACCUUGUCACCAUUGCUGGCAGCACCAACAAAACCUUUUCAAUGGAGAAGUGGCAGGCGGUGCACACGGUUUUAGAGGCGUUUGGGAACACUUCGACCUCUUUGAAUGAUAAUGCUAGUCGCUUUUCGCAUAUUGUUUCUUUGGAUUUUGACCAGUCAGGCCUGGUGACCUCAGCUUCUAUUCAGACAAUGUUUCUGGAGAAGAUGAGAGUGACAAAAAGACCAGAGGGCGAGUCCACUUUUCAUGUGUUUUACUACCUAAUGGCUGGAGCCGACAGCACUCUCAGAACUGAGCUACACCUCAACCACUUUGCUGAAAACAAUGCAUUCAAGAUCAUGCCUCUGACUAAGGUGGAGGAUAAGCAGCGGGCAUCCCAGCAGUUUUCCAAACUGCAAGCCGCCAUGAAAGUUUUGGGGAUCAGCAAUGAUGAACAGAGAGCUUUUUGGCUCGUCCUGUCGGCUUGCUACCAUUUAGGAGCUUCAGGGGCUACGAAAGCUGGCAGGAAACAAUUUGCACGUCAUGAGUGGGCCCAGAAGGCUGCCUACCUGCUGGGCUGCACCCUGGAGGAGCUCUCCUCCUCCAUCUUCAAGCACGAGGCCAAGGGCACCCUGCCCAGAGCCAGCAGCAUUCGCCAGGCUUCAGACGAAAAUGGCACAGCCGUCACAGGAUCCAAAACUUCGGCCAUGGAGUGUUUGGAAGCCAUGGCGUCUGGGUUGUACUCCGAACUCUUCUCUAUCCUCAUUUGCUUAAUAAACAGGGCCUUGAAGUCAAGCCAGCUUCCCUUGUGCUCUCUGCUCAUUGUGGACACACCAGGCUUUCAAAACCCCAGGCUGGUUAAGCGAGAUUGCGGUGCAACUUUCGACGACCUAUGCCACAACUACACCCAAGAACGUCUGCAGAGUCUUUUCUACCAGCGCACCUUCGUUCAGGAAAUGGAGAGAUACAAGGAGGAGAACAUUGAGAUUGCCCUUGAUGACUCUGAGGCUAACACAUCUUUGUCUGUGGCAGUGGUGGAUCAAGUGUCAAGCCAAGCACUUGUGCGUAGCGGACGAACAGAUGAGGCUCGGGGGCUCCUGUGGCUGAUGGAGGAGGAGGUCCUGCAGCCUGGGGCAUCAGAGGAAACCCUGCUGGGACGACUUUUUAGCUACUACGGUCCAGCUGAAGGCGAGACUAAAGGUCAUACUUUCCUCCUGAAGAGUGAAAAAGAUAAUCACUUCCUGCUGGGCCACAGUCACGGUACUGACUGGGUGGAAUAUGACGCCAGAGGAUGGCUGAACUACGCCAAGCAACAUCCCGCCUUGAACAAUGCUGCCGGCCUACUGCAAGACUCCCAGAAGAAGAUCAUCAGCUCUUUGUUCAUGAGCAGAGGAGGUGGAGCCACCGUUUUGCCGGGCUCCAUUGCAGGUCUUGAGGGCGUCUCCCAGCUUUCUUUGCGACGGGCUUCAAGCAUGAGGAAGAGCUUCACUUCAGGCGUGGCUGCUAUCAAAAAGAAGUCUGUGUGCAUUCAAAUAAAGCUUCAAGUGGAUGCUUUGCUGGACAUGGUGCGGCGGUCCAGAAUUCACUUUGUUCACUGCAUAGUGCCCAAAGCAGAUGCCCUCAAAGCUCGAAGUGGAGCUUUCUUCAAAGGCGCAGAAAGCGAGGCUCAGGGGGAGGGUGGAGAUUCAGGUUUAAUGCAGCUAGAUGUGGCCUUGCUCCGUGCUCAGCUGCGUGGAUCCAAGCUGCUUGAUGCUCUGCGGAUAUAUAGACAAGGUUACCCUGACCACAUGGUGUUCUCUGAGUUUCGUCGACGUUUUGAUGUGCUGGCGCCGCACCUCACCAAGAAGCACGGGCGGAAUUACAUUGUGAAGGACGAGCAAAGAGCUGUGGAGGAGCUCCUGGAGUCUUUGGAUUUGGAGAAGAGCAGUUACCACAUGGGUGUGAGCAGGUUAUUCUUCAAAGCUGGCUCCUUGGCUAAAUUGGAAGAACAGAGGGAUGAGCAAACCAAGCAAAAUUUAAUCCUAUUCCAAGCUGCUUGUCGGGGUUAUCUGGCACGACAAGCUUUCAAGAAAAGAAAGAUUCAGGAUGUAGCAAUUCGCUGCAUCCAGAAGAACAUCAAGAAAAACUGUAAUGUGAAGGACUGGCCAUGGUGGAAAGUCUUCACCACGGUGCAGCCACUCGUUAGGGUUCAGCUCACUGAGGACCAGAUGAAGAGCAAAGAUGACGAGAUUCAAACUCAGAAGUCAAAGCUGGAGAAGGUGGAAAAAGAGCGUAACGAGCUGAGACUGAACACUGAUCGUCUGGAGAGCAGGAUUGCAGACUUGUUGGCAGAACUCGCUGAUGAGAGGAGCACGAGUGAGUCAGCAUCCCAGCUGUUGGAGAGUGAGACCACGGAGAGACUACGUUUGGAGAGAGACAUGAAGGAUCUGCAGUUCAAGUUGGAGACCAUUACAAAGCAAUUGGAAACACAGGAGAUGGAGGUGAUGGAAGCUCGGCUCAUGAAAACAUCUGAGCUCAACGGGGAACUGGACAAUGAUGAUGAUGCUGGAGGAGAGUGGCGAAUAAAGUUCAACAGAGCCAUUAGGGAAGCAGAGUUCACCAAGAAGAAACUCCAGCAGGAGUUUGAUGACAAGCUGGAAACGGAGCAACAGAACAAACGACAUCUUGAGAGAAUGUUGGCUGAAUUUAAGACUGACAAUGAGGAUGUGCAGCACUCAGUGCAGCAGCUGAAGAAGAAGUGCCAGAAGCUGACAGCUGAGCUACAGGAUACCAAACGCUACCUAGAGGGCCUCCAUAGCCGAAACCAUGAUUUGGAAAAGAAACAGAGGAAGUUUGACACUGAGCAGAACCAGACCCAGGCGGAGGUACAAAGAGAAAGGAGUCUUAGGGAGAAGCUGUCUCGGGAGAAAGACGCUAUGACAACUGAGAUGUUUAACCUCAACCAGAAGCUUCAGGAAAAAGACUGUGACUUGUCUGUUGCCAACAUGAAGGUACAACAGCUGGAAGCCGAACUGCAGGAUCUCUCCUCGCAGGAGUCCAAAGAUGAAGCAUCAUUCGCCAAGGUCAAGAAGCAGCUUCGCGACCUUGAAGCCAAGGUGAAAGACCAAGAAGAGGAGCUGGACGAACAGGCGGGAAGCAUCCAGAUGCUGGAGCAGGCUAAGCUGCGUCUUGAGAUGGAGAUGGAAACGCAGCGACAGAACCACUCUAAGGAGCUUGAGAGCAAGGAUGAAGAGGUGGAUGAGAUCAGGCGGUCCUGCAGUAAGAAGCUGAAACAGAUGGAGGUGCAGCUGGAGGAAGAGUACGACGAUAAGCAAAAAGUCUUGCGUGAGAGACGUGAGUUGGAGUCCAAACUGCUGAGCGCACAGGACCAGGUGAGUCAGAGGGACGUGGAGACUGAGAAGAGGUUGAGGAAAGACUUGAAGAGAACCAAAGUCCUGCUAGCUGAUGCUCAGAUUAUGUUGGACCACCUGAAGAGUAACGCCCCGAGCAAGAGGGAGAUUGUUCAAUUCAAAAAUCAACUGGAGGAGUCAGAGUUCACUUGUGCGGCGGCGGUGAAAGCUCGAAAGAGCAUGGAGAUAGAAAUAGAAGACCUACAUAUACAAAUGGAAGAUGUGGCCAAAGCUAAAGCAUCGUUACAGGAACAGGUGAGCCGCCUUCAACGUGAGAAGAACGACAUGCAGUCUCGAGUGGAGGAAGACCAGGAGGACAUGAAUGAGCUGAUGAAGAAACACAAAGCCGCUGUCUCCCAGUCUGCCAGAGACUUGGGCCAAAUCAGUGACCUCCAGGCACAGUUGGAGGAGGCCACAAAGGAGAAGCAGGAAAUCCAAGAGAAGCUUCAUUCGCUGCAAAGUCAGCUGGAGUUCCAGGAGCAGUCCAUGGUGGACAAGUCUCUCGUGAGCCGUCAGGAGGCCAAGAUCCGUGAGCUCGAGACCAAACUGGAGUAUGAGAAGACGCAGAUUAAACGUUUGGAGACUCUGGUUGGUCGUUUGAAGGACAACCUUGAGAAGAUGACUGAGGAGAGAAACCAAUGUAUUGCUUCAGAGAACAGAGAGAAAGAGCAGAACAAGCGGAUGCAGAGACAAAUGAGAGACAUGAAAGAAGAAAUGACUGAGGUGUCCAAGAAAGAGACUGAGGCUAGCCGAAAGAAACACGAGUUGGAAAUGGACAUUGAAAGCUUAGAGGCAGCAAAUCAGAGCUUACAAGGGGACCUUAAACUGGCCUUCAAGAGGAUAGGUGACCUGCAGGCUGCCAUCGAGGACGAAAUGGAAAGUGAUGACAAUGACGACCUGAUCAACAGUUUGCAAGACAUGGUGACAAAGUAUCAGAAAAGAAAGAACAAAACUGGGGAUGAGACGGAUGCAGAUUCUGAGGUAGAGGACCGUGUGGAUGGAGUUAAAUCCAAACUCUCCAAGAACAAAGCCUCCUCUAAAGCCCAGUCAGACGAAGGAAGUCUAAAGAGCGCCAGCCCUCCUGUAGUCAGGCGACAUCCAACCCUUGGCAGAUCCGACGAAGAGGACGAGGUGGACUUAAACACCAGCAGGCAGCCACUAAAAGCGAACGACAUUGAGGGCACGCUGGGCGAGAUCCUCAAAAUCGGGUCAUCUUGUGCUCUCAAGUGAAACCAAACAUGCAGGAAGGACAAAACUCUUUAAUUUGGGGAUGAUGUCAUUUCUGUUCUUCCUCCUGAAGCAAAGUUGCGUUCACGGCUUAAGUCCGCCUCGUCUUUAUAAAUAUGAUGCAUCUUAUUGAAGUCACACAGCAGUAAAGGUGAGACAUUUUGCAGAAAAAAAAAGCUUCUGUAUUUUUAAAGAGCUGCAUUUCAGGCAAAUGUAAGCUUUUCUCUGCACUUCCUGUCUAUUCAGCCCCGCCAAGAGGAUUUAGAUAAGCCUUGCAUGGAUGGACUUUUUUAAGAAAUUCUGGCCAACCCCUACGACUUCACUCAUCUCGUCCUUGUUAAUGUGGACAAGAAACUCUUUUCAAAUAAUUAUAUAGCAUUCAAACUGACUGACAAAUUCACAAAACACAUUUCCGUCACCAAAUAAUUGUUAAAUCAAUUCAAUUGUAGCUUAACCAAGAAGAUAUUUAUAUAUAUUUAUAUCUAAUUUAUUUCAUUACUCAAUGUAUGAUCAAUUAUUCACUUCUGCUUUAAGUGUCUUUUUAACUCUGCAGAAUAUUCUCAGCUUUGAAAUAGAGGUUCACAUUUGGACAUAAUACCAAUUAAUUAAUUAAAGAGGAAAAUCACAGAUUUAAUUUAUUUUAAGACAUUUUCUAGACAAGCCUGUCGCUGUUACAUAUUUUCAACAUAUUUAGCAUGAGUGCAGGAAAAAAAAUUGAUUCAUAUUCAUCCUGAUUCUAAAUCCAUUCAAAAUAAAAAUUAAUUUAAUCAAAUAAAAUUAAAAAAUAUAUACUUUUUUUUUUACAAAACCAGUGAAGUUGACACGUGUAAUUCAUAAAUAAAAACGGAAUAGAAUGAUUUACAAAUCCUUUUCAAUUUAUAUUGAAUUGAAAAACUGCAAACACAAUAUAUUUAAUGUUCGAACUGAGAAACUUGAUUUUUUUUUUUUUUAAAUAAUGAUUAACUUAAAAUUUAUUGGCAGCAACACAUUGCAAAACAGUUGGCAAAGGGGCAUUUUUACCACUGAGUUACAGUUGGGCUGCGCAAAAAAAUUGACUCACAUCCGCAUGCCGAUUCCUAUAUCAUCCAAUUCUAAAUAGAUUGCUAAUUAAAAAAAAAAAGUAUAUAUAUUUUUAGGUCAUCUCAAUGCAACCACACAUAGAUUGUGUAACCUGUAACCUGUUUUGAAAAAGUUUCAUCAUAAUUCUGAUAGCAAAUUAUGACAUUUCAAAAAUCAGUUUGAAUCGAAACUCGUGUUGAAUCAACACCGGGAAUCGAAAUCGAAUUGUUACGUGCCGAAAGAUUCAUACCCCUGAUAUUUUGUGCCAAAAGUGUGCAUAUUAUUCUGGUUUAUUUGAGCAAAAUUUAGUAGUGUUCUCAGCUUGUGUGUUUAGUAUGUCAACUCGUGAUGGAUCUAACCAUGUGUGUCACUUUAAGAAACAACCAUGUGACAGAUACAGCUGCUGUGUCAUUUGACUGUUUAUCAGAAAAAGGCUUCUUUCGGCUCAAAUUAGGUUGAAGGAGUGUUUUUUGUAGCCGUCAUCGAUUCAAGUGCAACUAAGAAUAAUGAACAAGUCUGAGAUCGUUUUGGUCUUACAGCGUCAAAUAAGGUAAAUGUUCUUCUUUUACUGGUUACAUUUUGGCUCAUUGGCCGGAGUUGCAUGUUUUCUAUUAUUUUCUGCACAGUUAUUUGUUUAAAAACACUGAUAUUGUUAUGAUCCGCUGCCCGGAUCAUCCCAUAUUCUAGUUUUGUUCCAUUUUUGUAUCACAUUCUGUUGUUUGACUUACUUAGUUCCUGAUUUAUCUGGUUACCAUGGUUUCAUAUUAGUUUGACCUGCCGUGGUUUCCAGACGCACACCUGUUUUGUUAACCACCACCCUUAUUUAAGCGUGCCUUUUCUGUUCAUUCAUUCUCACAUCCUAAUUUGCUUUACACGCAACAAGUGACAACUUCUAUUCAAUGUUUCUACUCGCUAGCUCUCGCACUACGCCUUGUUUAUCUCUAGUUCUCAUGCUAGUAGUUUUUGUUUUGCCUUUUGUGCCCUUGUGCCAGUUUUUCUGUUUCCUAGUCUGUUUCAUUAGUUAAAUAAAUCUUCAUUUCUUAACUCCACGCUGUGUCCAUUGCCCGACUGCAUCCACGAAAGAACGAAUCCGGCAUCACCAUCCCCAGCAAGCGUUACAGUGAUAGUUCAGGGUUUUGUACGGAUGGAGCACAUUGUUUAGAGGGCAGGCUCCUGGCCAGCGGUCUCUCUCAUCAGGCAUGCGCUGCCAGCCUCUCGAUGAUUCUGCGGUAGUCUUCCACAACCACCUGGUAGCUCUAUUCCAGCUCUUCGUGCUGUGUCGGAGUGUCCAUCUGACCCAAGUGGGACUCUAGCUCCUCCGGCCGCAGGCACUUUUUCAUCUUUGUCCGCUCUCUCUUAGUCUUCCUGUAUGGCCCAAACAGUCUCUUUUUCACCUCCAAGCGGUACUCUCUUGCUUUCUCUUCAUCACUCAUGUCUGUUGCUCUCAGACGGAGUAUUUCGUACACUCUCCUUGCAUGUUUCUUGUUGAUUUUGAGUUAUGUUAUGAUCCGCUGCUCGGAUCAUCCUAUAUUCUAGUUUUGCUCCGUUUUUGUAUCACAUUCUGUUGUUUAACUUCCUUAGUUCCUGAUUUAUUUGGUUACCAUGGUUUCAUAUUAUUUUCACAUGCCGUAGUUUCCAGACGCACACCUGUUUUGUUAAUCACCACCCUUAUUUAAGCCUUCCUUUUCUGUUCAUUCAUGCUCGCAUCCUACUGUAACGCUUGCUGGGCAUGGUGAUGCCGGAUUGUUCUUUCGUGGAUGCAGUCGGGCAAUGGACACAGUGUGGAGGUAAGAAAUUAAGAUUUGUUUAACUAAUAAAACAAACUAGGAAACAGAAAAGCUGGCACAAGGGCACAAAAGGCAAAACAAAAACUACUAGCAUGAGAUCUAGAGAUAAACAAGGCGUGGCGCGAAAGCUAGCGAGUAGAAACAAAUAAUCGAAGUCGUCACAUGUUGAGUGUAAAGCAAGUUAAAAUGCGAGAAUGAAUGAACAGAAAAGGCAGGCUUAAAUAAGGGUGGCGAUUACCAAAACAGGUGUAAGUCUGGAAACUACGGCAGGUGAAACUAAUAUGGAAACAUGGUAACCAGAUAAAGCAGGAACUAAGGAAGUCAAACAAGAUGUUGUGAUACAAAAACGGAACAAAACUAGAAUAUGGGAUGAUCUUGGCAGCGGAUCAUAACAGAUAUAUGCUAAUAAUUCCUUGUAUUUGCAGGAAAAAAUGUAACUUUUUAAAUCCAGCAGACUAAAACAGUAUUACAGUUGUGAGCAAAAUUAUUCAACCCCCACACAAUUUAUGUGUUUUAGCAAGUAGGACAUUUAUUCCGUAUUUUGUUUAUAGUCAUAUCAAAUAAAGAUGCAUUAAAUAGACAAAUGCAACUUGAAUUACAACAUUAUAUUUUGUAACAUACCAAACAGUAUCAUUUCUCUUAAUAUCUCAUUGACAAAAUUAUUCAACCCCUUCAAGAUCAUUACUCUUAAGAACAGAAUUUGAAUAAGGUCUUUUCAAUCAGGUGUUGAAAACACCUGUAGAUGUGAUUAGAACCAUAACAAGCAACUGAUUGAAAAAGACUGUGACGCUCAGCUUCUUGUAGAUGGUCAAUGGUGUAUUUGCAACCAGGUGAAGUCCAGCGAGUGGUCAAAGAAGUCAAGAGAGGAGGUAAUUUCUCUUCAUAAGAAAGGAUAUGGAUAUAAGAAAAUAGCAAAGACAUUACACAUUCCAAGAGACACAGUUGGGAGCAUAAUUUGAAAGUUUAAAGCAAAAGGCACAGUGGAAACUACCUAGGCGUGGUAGAAAGAGGAUGCUGUGUGCAACUGAUGUCCGGUAUUUGAAGCGUACAGUGGUGAAAAACCCGCGGGUAACAGCUGAGGAACUACAACAGGACAUUGCAGAGGGGGGAACGCAGGUUUCGUCCCAGACAAUAAGGCGAGCACUACAAGAUGAAGGCCUCCAUGCCAGAACUCCCAGGCGAACCCCACUUCUGACUACCAGGCACAAGGAAAAUAGACUCCAGUAUGCCAAAAAUCAUCUGGACGAACCCCAAAGGUUUUGGGAAACUGUUCUACGGAGUGAUGAGACAAAACUGGAACUCUUUGGGCCUAUGAAUCAACGUUAUGUCUGGAGGAGAAAAAAUGAAGCUUACAAAGAGAAGAACACCUUGGCUACUGUUAAGCAUGGUGGGGGGUCAAUCAUGCUCUGGGGCUGUUUCUCUGCCUCAGGUACCGGGAAUCUCCAGCGCGUUCAAGGCAUUAUGAAUUCUACUUCCUACCAGGAUAUAUUAGCUGCAAAUGUCAUGAAGUCUAUUUGACACAUCUUUAUUUGAUAUGACUAUACACAAAAUACGGAAUAAAUGUACAACUUGCUAAAACACCAAAAUUGUGUGGGGGUUGAAUAAUUUUGAUCACAACUGUAGUUUAGUGUCAUUUGCCCAUCACUACUGACAACUAUUUUUGUUGUUUUACUUCCAAGCAUAGAGAUUAUUAUUGUUGUUGUUGUGAGAUAAAGGUUGUUGACUUGAUGUUUUUUUUACCUCAUAGCUAUGGUUGCCAAUUCCACAAAAAAUUAAUUAGGGACAAACAAUUUUUACACAAUUUAAUUCUAGCCUGUAUUUCAUAACAUUUAUUUAUUUUUAAUAAAAUUACAUAGAGAAACUAAGAUGAUGGUUCAAUAAGAUUUUUUUAGCGCAAAAUAACAAAAUUAACAAUAGAAUAAACACUUCAAACCCUUU